AUGCAGAUGAUGUCUAAUCCUAAUCUGAUGAGAAUGGCCUCAGAAAGCAUGAAGACCAUGAGACAUGCUGCAGAACAGUUAAAGCACACUCGACCAGAGGAGAUGGCGGAAAUUGGUGAGAAAAUGACUAAUGCAUUGCCUGAAGAGAUAGCUGCCAUGCGUACCCAUGCUGAUGCUCAGAUCAGUUAUGAAUUAAGUGCAGCUCAGAUGUUGAAGAACCAGGGGAAUGAGCUUCAAAAGCAGGGGAGGUUUGAUGAUGCCUCUGAGAAAUAUUUGCUUGCAAAGAAAAACCUAAAAGGAAUUCCUUCCUCCAAUGGAAGAACACUUUUGUUGGCAUGCUCUCUUAAUCUGAUGUCCUGAUACUUGAAAACAAGGCAAUAUGAUGAAUGUAUAAAAGAAGGCUCUGAGGUUUUGUCAGAUGAUGGAAAGAACGUCAAAGCUCUUUACCGAAGAGGUUUUAUAUGCAUAUAGGAUGCCAUCUUGGAUCUGAGCAAGGCACAUGAAGUUUACCCUGGUGAUGAAACAAUUGCUGAUGUAUUGAGGGAUGCUGAGGAAAGAUUGGCUAGAGAAGGCAGUCAUCAGGCACCUCAAGGUGUGACAAUUGAAGAAAUAACUGAAGAAGCUGCAAGCCCCUCUUCAGCUAAUCGCCAAACUUCAUUUACCGAAUAUUCAUCGAAACAACCACUAGAAAGUACUAGAUUAUCUAAGAAUGAGAGUGGGAAAAACGUUUGGGACAUGACAGCCAAUUCUGAGUGCCUGGAGGCUCUAAAAAAUGAUCCAGAAGCCCUUAGAUCGUUUCAGAAGUUCAUUUCUAAUGCUGAUCUUGAUACCCUUUCUGCUUUGAGUAGCGGUAAAGUUGGAGAGGAAUAACCAGACUUGUUUAAGACUGCUACAAAUAUGAUCGGCAAAAUGUCACCUAAACAGCUACAAAAAAUGGUUCAAUUGGCUUCUUCAUUUCAGGGGGAAAACCCAUAUACAAGUCCUUUGAAAAAUGGAUUUCGACCUGGAUCAGUUCAUCCCAAUGUAACACCUGACAUGCUUAAAUCUGCAACUGAUAUGAUGACCAAGAUGCCUCCAGAGGAGCUUCAGAAAAUGUUUGAACCAGCAGCCUCUUUGAAAGGGAAUGACUCUAUUUCCACAUCAACAGCUGGACUGGAUUCAGAUGCUGAGGUAAAAUAUCCAGAAUUUCAGACGGCAUCUGUCUCCAAUGGGAUUAAUGGUUUUGGUGAAACCAGUUCUUCUAGUCGUUUUCCAAAUCCAAUGAGUUCUCAGUCGGAUUUGCCUACAUCAACUGCUGAUUUACAAGAACAGAUGGAAAACCAAAUGAAAGAUCCAACGAUGCGGCAGAUGUUUGCAUCAAUGAUGAAAAACAUGAGCCCAGACAUAAUGGCAAACAUGGGUGAACAAUUUGGAUUGAAGCUUUCUCGUGAAGAUGCCAAAGAACAACAAGCUAUGGCAUCUUUAUCACCCGAGGAAUUGGAUAGAAAGAUGCGCUGGGCAGAUAGGAUCCGGAAAGGAGCAGAAGGUGCAAAGAAGGCAAAGAACUGGUUGCUUGGAAAACCCGGUAUGAUCCUAGCACUAUGCAUGCUCAUCUUAGCAGUGGUUCUUCACCGGUUGGGUUUUAUCGGUAGAUUGAAUUAUCUCAAUCUCCAUUUUGAACAUGAAUCGCCAUGGAAGUUCAACUUUAGAAACUAUAGCAUGCUUCUCGGGUUGCAAGGUUGUAAGGGCAGUAAUUUGGAGCAACACGUCUCACGAUUAAAAAACGGUGUUUUGUGUUGUAUCGAUGAAAGGGGUGGUCGAGAUUUCUUUCAAAUGUGAACGCUCAGUGG